GCCGGACUUGACCGCGAGGCGGAGGCAAGAGCCACCGCCCCCUCUCCCCCUCCCCCUAGUGAGGCGGCGCGACAGCCGGAGAGGGAUGGGGGGCGCCCGCCCAGUCUGAGCCUCGCUGCGGGCGCCUCCCGCUCUCGCAGCGGCCCCCGAGGGCCUCGAGUGCGCACCCUCGGCCCCAGCUGCCUCCGCAGGGCAGGCGCACCGGGGCCGGCGAGGAGGGGACGCCCGCCCAGGUGGGUGGGGCGGGGAGGGUACCUGAGGUCACCCGCUCGGCGCGAGAGGCUGGGGCGGCCGCGACGGUGGAAGAACUGCAGAGCUGCGGGGUCCGCUGACCCUCACCCUCACCCCGGGAAGUAACUAAUGUGAACCAUGUUGCAGGGGUAUUCAAGAAGUGGCUGAAGGGGAAAGGAAAAAAGUGCCACUACUUAUCAGAAUACAAAACAAAACAUGGGAAACACAACCACCAAAUUCCGUAAAGCACUCAUCAAUGGUGAUGAAAACCUGGCCUGCCAAAUAUAUGAAAACAACCCUCAGUUAAAAGAAUCUCUUGAUCCAAAUACAUCUUACGGGGAGCCCUAUCAACACAAUACUCCGCUACACUAUGCUGCUAGACAUGGAAUGAAUAGAAUAUUAGGGACUUUUCUCUUUGGUAGAGAUGGAAAUCCAAAUAAACGCAAUGUGCACAACGAAACAUCUAUGCAUUUGUUGUGUAUGGGACCUCAGAUUAUGAUAUCUGAAGGAGCGCUUCAUCCUCGCUUAGCACGCCCUGCAGAAGAUGAUUUCAGAAGAGCAGAUUGUCUGCAGAUGAUCUUAAAGUGGAAAGGAGCAAAACUUGACCAAGGCGAAUAUGAGAGAGCAGCUAUUGAUGCCGUUGAUAACAAAAAAAACACACCUCUGCACUAUGCUGCUGCCUCAGGGAUGAAAACUUGUGUAGAGCUUUUAGUAAAACAUGGAGGAGACUUAUUUGCUGAGAAUGAGAAUAAAGAUACUCCUUGUGAUUGUGCUGAAAAGCAACACCACAAAGAUUUGGCCCUCAAUCUGGAAUCUCAAAUGGUGUUCUCCCGAGAUCCAGAAGCUGAAGAAAUAGAAGCUGAAUAUGCUGCAUUAGACAAACGAGAGCCCUAUGAAGGAUUAAGGCCUCAAGAUCUUCGUAGAUUGAAAGAUAUGCUUAUUGUGGAAACUGCAGACAUGCUUCAGGCUCCACUAUUUACUGCUGAAGCUUUACUUCGAGCUCAUGACUGGGACAGGGAGAAAUUACUUGAAGCUUGGAUGUCCAACCCAGAGAACUGCUGCCAACGAUCAGGUGUCCAAAUGCCAACCCCUCCACCAAGUGGGUGUAAUGCCUGGGACACGCUCCCGUCUCCAAGGACUCCAAGGACUACACGUUCUUCUGUCACCUCACCAGAUGAAAUAAGUUUAUCUCCUGGGGACUUGGAUACCAGUUUGUGUGACAUUUGUAUGUGCAGUAUUUCUGUGUUUGAAGACCCAGUGGAUAUGCCCUGUGGACAUGACUUUUGUAGAGGAUGUUGGGAAUCGUUUUUGAACUUGAAAAUUCAAGAAGGUGAAGCUCACAACAUUUUCUGCCCUGCAUAUGACUGCUUCCAGCUUGUACCUGUGGAUAUCAUAGAAAGUAUAGUUUCUAAGGAGAUGGACAAACGAUACCUACAGUUUGAUAUUAAGGCCUUUGUUGAAAAUAAUCCUGCCAUUAAAUGGUGUCCUACUCGAGGCUGUGAAAGAGCAGUUAGACUAACAAAACAAGGGUCAAAUACAUCUGGUUCUGAUACACUCAGUUUCCCCUUGCUCAGAGCACCUGCUGUGGAUUGUGGAAAAGGACACCUCUUCUGCUGGGAGUGCCUUGGUGAAGCACAUGAGCCGUGUGACUGCCAAACAUGGAAAAAUUGGCUACAAAAAAUAACAGAAAUGAAACCAGAAGAACUUGUGGGUGUAAGUGAGGCUUAUGAGGAUGCUGCCAAUUGCCUCUGGUUGUUAACGAAUUCCAAGCCUUGUGCUAACUGCAAGUCUCCAAUACAGAAGAAUGAAGGGUGCAACCAUAUGCAGUGUGCGAAGUGCAAGUAUGACUUUUGUUGGAUUUGCCUAGAAGAGUGGAAAAAACAUAGUUCUUCCACAGGAGGUUAUUACAGAUGUACUCGCUAUGAAGUCAUUCAACAUGUGGAGGAGCAAUCCAAGGAAAUGACUGUGGAGGCUGAGAAGAAACAUAAACGAUUUCAGGAACUUGACAGAUUUAUGCACUAUUAUACAAGAUUUAAGAACCACGAGCAUAGCUAUGAGCUAGAACAACGCCUUCUUAAAACAGCCAAAGAAAAGAUGGAGCAAUUGAGUAGAGCUCUCAAAGAAACUGAAGGAGGCUGUCCAGACACCACUUUCAUUGAAGAUGCAGUUCACGUGCUCUUAAAAACUCGGCGCAUUCUCAAGUGUUCUUAUCCAUAUGGAUUUUUCUUAGAACCUAAAAGCACAAAGAAAGAAAUUUUUGAACUCAUGCAAACAGACUUAGAAAUGGUCACUGAGGAUCUCGCCCAAAAAGUCAAUAGGCCUUAUCUUCGCACACCCCGCCAUAAGAUCAUCAAGGCAGCGUGCCUUGUACAACAGAAGAGGCAAGAAUUUCUGGCAUCUGUGGCUAGAGGAGUUGCUCCUGCAGACUCUCCAGAAGCUCCAAGGCGCAGCUUUGCUGGUGGAACAUGGGAUUGGGAAUAUUUAGGAUUUGCAUCACCUGAGUAUCGAAGGAGGCACAGACAGCAGCGUCGUAGAGGAGACAUGCACAGUUUGCUCAGUAAUCCUCCAGACCCUGAUGAACCCAGUGAAAGCACUUUAGAUAUUCCAGAUGGUGGCAGCAGCCGCAGGCCUGGCGCUUCUGUGGUAAGUUCUGCAUCUAUGAGUGUGCUGCACAGCUCUUCCCUGCGCGACUUCACCCCUGCCAGUCACUCUGAGAACCAGGACUCUCUUCAGGCUCUCAGUUCCUUGGAUGAGGAUGAUCCCAAUAUACUUCUUGCAAUACAGUUGUCACUGCAAGAGUCUGGCCUGGCUAUGGAUGAAGAAAAUAGAGACUUCUUCAGUAAUGAAGCAUCCUUAGGAGCAAUUGGCACAUCUUUACCUUCCAGACUGGACUCAGUCCCCAGGAGCACAGAUAGCCCUCGGGCCGCAUUGAGCAGCUCUGAGCUGUUGGAACUUGGUGACAGUCUCAUGAGACUAGGAGCAGAGAAUGACCCAUUUUCAGCUGACACACUGAGUUCACACCCUCUCAGUGAGGCAAGAAGUGAAUUCUUCCCAUCUUCAAGUGACCCUGACUCAGCUGACCAGGACACCAACAUCAGUGACAAUCUUCUUGGCAAUAUCAUGGCUUGGUUUCAUGACAUGAACCCUCAGAGCAUUGCCCUGAUUCCUCCGGCCACUACAGAAUUCACUGCAGAGUCCCAGCUCCCCUGUGUCAAAGAUGGGUCAGAAAGUGCGAGGGAUGUAGAACUGGUACCCCCAGAAGAUUCAAUGUUUGAGGACGCUGUUGUCAGUGAAGGUAGAGGAACCCAAGUAGAAGAGGAAAAUCCUUUGGACAUGAAUAUUCUGACUGGGGAAGCAGCCUCUCAAGCUGGUGAUAGUGGUAAUGAGGCAGCCAACAAGGGGGAUAGCUCAGAUGUUUCAAGUCAACCACCUCAAACCUCAAGUGACUGGCUUGAACAAGUACAUUUAGUGUGAUCUGCACACGUCUGGGCUCUGAAUGAAUCACAGGUACAGAUGGCAUACUAGUGGAGUAUGUAUAGAGUGGAGUAUAAAGACUCAGCCUACUUAAUUCCAACUCAAUUAUAAAUCACUGACAUUAGGAUUGAAUAUGAAGGAGUUCCCUUGAUUGGUAGCUUCAUUUAUUAAUUUUAAUUUUAUCGGAAAUUUCUUUUGUAUUUAAUUGGAUAGCUUUUCCACUUUUUGCUGACAAAAACAAGAAUGGGAGAGUGAGAGAGAAGCAAAUGGAAUAAACAGGUUAGAUUCCACAGUCUACAAAAACACAGUCCUCUAUCCUAAGGUCUGUGAUACUUAAGUUAGACGUUUAAAUUAAAGGCUUACUCCCUAAUCCUUGGGUGGCUUUUCCUUUGAAAGAAAAAAAAAGUUUUCUUCAUUUUAGAAGUAUUUUGAGUAGAUCUAAUGGCAUUUCCUCCAUCUUUUUGUGCUCUUCCAUAACUUUGGUCCUUUUUGUCUGAGCUUUGUGAAUUUACCUAUCAAGGCUUCUCUUUAGUAGUUACAUCUGCCACAGUGUAAUUAGUUUUAAUUUUCUCAUGAAUCAAAGAUCUCUCUUCAUGUUUAUUUACAGUCCACUUGUGCCAAACUCUGACUCGUGCGCUAAGAAGGCGUUUAGGUGUGCGGUGUCCUAGAAGGCUCCAGAGAAGUUUCAGCGUUCUUGGGAGUAAAAGGUGCCACUUGGUAACAGAUAUUCCAGAAUUUAAUGGGCUUUUGUUGCCAUGGAGACUGCAUUUAAAUAAAUGUAGCCUGUAGCUUAAGUUAACUAAACCUAAUGCUGCUGUUAAAAACAGUUUAUUUUAAUAUUAAAAUACAGUUGAUUAGCAACAGCGGUGCUGUAUUUUAAGAGACACUUUAUUGGAAGUGCAAUCAUAGUUCUUUGUUUUCACAAUUUUACAGUGCAUUCUAAUUACUAAUGGGUGCAAUUACUUUUAAUGGUAAGUGUUUUAUAAAAUAGAAAAAAGUGGAGUUUUCAUGAGUUAUAGUAAAUCCCACGAUUAUUAAAAAUUCAAUCAAACAUCCUGCGCAACAUGUUACCGUGCCUUUGCCUAACCUAAAUGGAUAGUUGCCAGUUUAAUAAGUGAGUAAUUCAAAUAUCAAUGUCUCUUCUGAAGUAACUAUGCUAUGAAUUGCAAAGACCUCCAUAAAACCACCCAUGGCCUUGCCUUUACAGUAAAUAUAACAACUAAAUGUUCAAUCAGUUUGCCUAAAUAGCAAAUGCUGACAUGUGUUUGUUCUAUUGCACAAUACUCAUUUGCUAUGUGAUUACUGUUUAGUGUUGAAAAAAAUCAACUUCCUAGUUAUCAGUGUCUUAACUGUGAAGAAAAUAUUGGUCUUAGUUGUAAUUAAGAUGCAAUGGUACAGUGUGUAAUUAAAAGUAAAGUAAGUUGUUGGAAUGGCUGUUUUACUUACAUAGUAUCAAAACUAGCAUAACAUAGGCAAAAUAGAUAUGCAACACUCCAUUUAAUGUUUUGCCAGAUUCUUACCAGAAAUCUUCAGAUACCAAAAUUUCACUACUGAGUUUGUACAGGCAAGUCCUGGGCUGGAUAAAAGAUUAUAUUAAUGUUGCUAUCCAGGUGAGCUGUGAUUACGGUUUUAUGUUAUUUUUGGUUUUCAACCCCUGCUUUUGAAAAAUUCUUGUACUUCAAAUUCAUAUGGGUAGGACAUUCUAAUAGAGUAUGUAAUAUUAUCAAAGUCCCUUUAGGAUAGACUAUGUGAGAAUUGCUCCUAUGCUAUGGAUAGCAAAGGUCCAUAAUAGUUUUUGUUUCCCCAGUUGUCAGAAACAUAGAUAUCAAUCCCUAUUAACGUUGAUUGGGGAAAAUACUAACUUUAUCUGCAGUGUAUUACUGUAUAUUAAACUGAAAUGGUCCAUUAAAGGAUUUUUUUACAAAUUUAUUUUGGAUUAAAAAUACCAACACCAAUCAGUUUUUAGACCCAGCUGUAAUUUUUCAAUAGAAGAGUCUUUGUAUCACAUUGAGGUGUCCUGCAAAGCUGCAGUCAGGUGAGACGAGUGCUGUGUGGAGACUCCUGCGGGUCUGGUUCCGUGCGCCUUGUGCAGCUCCCUUUGUUUCUGUGCUGUUCUUCCCGAGCAUGAAAAAACGAUCAUUAUCCAAUUUGUAUUUCCUUGGUACAUAUUUUAAAAACAACACAGUCAUUGACUUUACAAUUCAGAAAUAAAGUUUGGCAAAACCUAUUUUGUAAACAAGUUAAUUUUAUAAUGUAAAAAAAAAUUACUCUAACCUUGACUUGUUAUUUGCACUUUCAUAGUCUAUACUUGAUACAUUCCCACUUUAUAUACAGUAGGAUUCUACAACAUGUAGAUGUUCGGCCAAAUGAAUGCUGUUAAUAAUAUGUAAAAUUCUUUGAUUAAACAUUUAUUACUUAAACUACUUCAUUUUGUCUCGUUACAUUAUAGACUUUGUUUUAACAAGUCAGGAAGUUGAUUUUCUUCAAAUUAAAUUCCCUCCAAUAUGAUGAGAUUAAUUUGUUCUUUACAUGUUAAUUGAUUAGGGCCUAAUAUUAUUUUUACCCUAGCUCAUUUACUAAGCAUUUUCUGCCAUAAAGUUGAACCCCAAGACACUAUCUGACCAUGUGUUAAAAUAUUGUGACUUCAGUGCUUAUUUUCUUUUCACCAUUGUCACUUUCAGGAGAAAAUUGUUAGGAUGUUUCUUUGAAAUCUCUAACGGAAACACAGAAAAAGAACUUUAAGAUACUUGGUGAAAUUGCUGAGGGCAGGAUUUUUUAAUGCCAUAUGAAUAGAAAUGCCAGUUUCCACAUCAUUUUUUUAUUAUUUCUUUUCUGAGUGGCAUCUGAACUUCAUUGUACAUACAUAAGUUCUAGGCCACCAACCUCAUAGGGCCUGGCAGGGACAACCACUUAAAGUCUUUUAUUUAUUACUGCCUUUUAUUUUGCAGAUCUGAAACUCAAGUAACAAUGUCCACAUGCCAUAUUAUUUCUUUAAAUGCAGUUUAAAGAACCAGUGGGUAUAAUAAACACUGUGGUACUAGGAGGUGCAGGGAGGGAAAGGGACAUGAGGAUAAGAGAUGUUGGUAGAAGAAAACGAUUAAACUGUAAGGAAUACAAAAAAUAAAAGCUAGCAAUUCAACAAUUGAUAAUGCCAGGAUAAAUUUCUAAUAUUAUAAGAAGUAGACAUUUUUAAAUCAAUAUUAAAUUAUGUUUAAAGUAUGAAAAGUAAGUAUAUGAGAGAAUAGUCAAAAUAUAAUAUAAAAAAGGAAAAUUGUCAGACCAGGCAGUACAGUUCUCUUGAGCCUCUUAUGUAUCUACACAUCUUGCUGGGUGUGCCAAAACCUGACAACUGUUUUGCCAGGGCCAUGUCUCAGGAUUUAUGUUGCUAGUAACCUGUGGGCAAGGAGCAACCUUGCCAUACGCACACUAGAUUCCUCACACUCAGUGUAUUCCUCAGUUUCAUCACAAAUCCUCUGCAUGCUUGCCAGUGUCCAUCCACUGCCCUGUUGAACAAGGUGAGCUAACAUAAAUAUAUCGAUGUUUGCUCUCUGUAUUGGGCCAGGAAUGAUGAAGUCUCUUGCCUUGCCUCUGACCAACAAGUUUUUGGUUUUCUGUCAGCAUCCAUGAAACUGUGACAGUCUAAUUUACUAGUUUGUAAGUUGGGUAAAAUCAAAUGCCUAACCUGACAGUUUCAACAAGAAUACAGAGACAUGAUUUUCUAGAAGAAGAAUGAUGGACUAAAUUUGAGAAUAUAAGCUAUCCUCGCAUCUACCUUGGAAUGAAAGCUCUCAUCCAAGGAGAUAGGCAAGGAAUAGAAGGAGAGAAAAGGUUUCCAAAAAUAUUAGAAGUUCAUUUGGUUGAACUACAAGCAGUCCAGCACUGAUUAAAUACAAAAAAGAAUGCAAAGUCCUGGCCUAAAACAAAAACAGACUAGGUCAUUGUUAUAACUCUGAUUUCCAGAUUUGUCAUCUGCUUUGUAGCUCCUGACUUAAAUAUAUAGAAUACUCAGUUGGGAGCAAGUCAUUCAGUAGCAGAAAAAGGAGCCCUGUCUGCAGGUGGCUGUAGUGUCUAAUGUAACUUUCAAGCCUGCAUAUCUACUAUAAUGGAUAGGUUAUAUGCCUCUACGAUCCAUGUCUCAUGAUCUCUCAGUAGGUGUUCUCCAUUCAGGGAUGCUUGAUGCAAAGCAAUGAUAGUGGAAAUGUAAAUUUCUCCCCAACCUGCCUCCCCACCCUCUUUCCAGUGGUCCAACAGGAACAAUAAGAAACCCCAAAGAAAGAAAGUGAAAUCACUCCUUAAAGACUUAUAGGUAGCAGAGUACCUAGCCAUUUUCCUGCUCAGCUUUGCUACCUGCCUCAAACACCAAGUACAUCCAUUUUGGAGAAGGCCAACUAUUAACCUGUAACUAUUGCAACUGAAUGUCUUGACUCCUGGAGGCCUUGGACUCAACAGAUAUGAAAUCUUCACCUUGGGGUGGGUCAGCUAGAACUGAAGAAUUAACAAGGGCCCAAAGACUUUGCAAGUCAAACAGAAAUGUUAUAUUUAAGAGUCUAGCUAGCCCUGUCAUUGCAGUAAAUCUCAAUUUUAUAUGAAAAAUGAGUAGCUGCCCUUCCGGGGGCUAAUUUUUGCUCAGUCCCACUGUCUGAGUAAUCACUGACUUAGUGGAGGUCUUAGUGCACAGAAGCCGUGGGCUUAGAGAUAAAAGCAAUGUCUACCAAAUCCCAGCAAGAUCUUGUAGCAGUGAAUACAUAUUUUUAAAUAUGCAUGGAAAAGCAAAAGAAUUUAGCUAAUACAGUUAAAGCAAUUUUGAAAAAGAAGUGGGGGGAAGCAGUCUACCAAAGUUCAAGACUACAGUUAACAAGUCUAUGUGAUUGUUAUAGAGGAGACAGGCAUAUGGAUUGAUAGAAUAGAAAAUCAAAACUAACCCCAAAAAUAUCUAAGGGUUUUAACAAAAGUGCAAAACCAAUGCAAUAGAGGAAGACAGUCUGCAACAGGUGGUGUUGGAACAAUUGGUUAUAAGGUAAAACAGAGUUUCUGUUCAUACCUCACACUUUAAAUGAAACUUAAUUGUAAACGAUCAUAUAAUAGAAGAUCUAAACUUUUAGGAAAGUAAUAGUCCUCAUAAUUUAGGUUAAGUGAAUAAUUCUUAUAGACUUGGUAACAAAAAAAAUUGACAAAUUGGACAGCAGAAUUUAAAACUGAAAAAAGCUUUGUGAAGAAAAUAAGAAGACAAGCU